AUGCAAAUCUUCGUCAAGACCCUGACGGGCAAGACCAUUACCCUUGAGGUUGAGCCUUCGGACUCGAUUGAGAACGUCAAGGCCAAGAUCCAGGACAAGGAGGGCAUUCCCCCGGAUCAACAGCGCCUGAUCUUUGCCGGCAAGCAGCUCGAGGAUGGCCGCACUCUGAGCGACUACAACAUCCAGAAGGAGUCGACUCUCCACCUGGUGCUUCGCCUGCGUGGUGGUAUGCAGAUCUUCGUCAAGACCCUGUCGGGCAAGACCAUUACCCUUGAGGUUGAGCCUUCGGACUCGAUUGAGAACGUCAAGGCCAAGAUUCAGGACAAGGAGGGCAUUCCCCCGGAUCAACAGCGCCUGAUCUUUGCCGGCAAGCAGCUCGAGGAUGGCCGCACUCUGAGCGACUACAACAUCCAGAAGGAGUCGACUCUCCACCUGGUGCUUCGUCUGCGUGGUGGCUUUUAA